CAAUUAUACUUUAAGCGCCAUUCUCUGCCUCACCGCUUCAUUUAAUUCGGAAAAGUUUUUGUGUGUGCAAGUGGAAAAUUGCUGGAUUUUUUAUCGCAUAAACAUUUUUGAAAUAUACUUCAAAUAUAAUAUAUUUGUGCAUAAUCUAACUUAUAAAAGUUAAAUUCACUUGAAUAAAAAUGGCAACCGACGCACAAACCAAUAAUGAAGAUUACUCUCAAGAAUACGGUGAUGAUGACAACAGUCAAGAAUAUGAUAAUGAGCAACAAGAAGGUGAUGAAUAUGAUGAUCAAGAUGAAAAUGAUGACUAUAAUGAUCAGAGCCAGGAUCAUGGCAGUGUUGGUGGUGGUGGUGGUGGCAGCGGUGGCGGCAACAACAGCAAUUCGUCAGGCCCAAAAUAUAUACGCUUGAGAGGACUACCAUGGUCGGCAACGCAUAAAGAGAUCUUAAAUUUUUUAAAGGAUGUUAAUGUUGUUAAUGGCUCGAAAGGUAUACAUCUCAUUACCGGCCGCUGGGAUGGCAAAAAUACAGGCGAAGUAUAUGUGGAGGUGCAAAGUCAAGCUGAUGUUGAAGAGGCACGAAAACUUAAUAAAAGCACAAUGGGACAUCGUUACAUUGAAGUAUUUACCGCUAACCCAAAGGAAGCCAAAGAAGCCAUGCGCAAAACCGGCAGUCAUGGCAUGUCAUACGUUGUUAAACUACGCGGUCUGCCAUAUGCGGUCACUGAGCAGCAAGUCGAAGAAUUCUUUAGUGGGUUGGAAAUCAAACCGGAUCGGGAGGGCAUACUUUUUGUUAUGGACAAAAGGGGUCGUGCUACUGGGGAAGCUUUUGUUCAGUUCGAAAACCAGGAUGACACUGAACAAGCCUUGGGACGUAAUCUGGAAAAGAUUGGGCACAGGUAUAUUGAAAUCUUCCGCAGUUCAUUGGCUGAGCUGAAACGCGCUGUCAAGGGUAAUGGACGCGUUGGUCCAUAUGACUUGAAGGAUCGUGGCGGUAAUCGCGGCAAUGAUUAUGGCGGUGGACGCAAUAUGCGUGGCGGCAAUGAUUGGGGCAACAAUGGUGGGCCGUUCGGUGUUGGCGCCAACAAUACACUCGGCUUUAAUAAUUUACCAAAUUUCACCAACUCGGGUAACUUUGGCAAUAACUUCGGACCGAAUGGUAAUGGCGGAGGUGGCAAUGGCGGUGGUUUUGGUAAUGGCAAUAAUGGCGGCGGCGGUUUCGGUGGCUUCGGCAAUAAUGGUAAUUUUGGCGCAGGCAACGGCAAUAAUGGCAACUUCGGCAACGGCAACGGCAACGGUGGUUUUGGUGGCAAUAAUCGCUUCAACAAUAGUGGCGGCAAUUUCGGCAACGAUUUCGGUGACUUUGGCAACUUUGGCAAUAACCGAAAUUUCAGCAAUGGCGGCAAUUUCGGUAAUGACUUUCCGGUCGGCAACAAUGGCCGUAAUGGCGGUGGCAUGGGCGCUGGGCCGAACAAUGGUGGGGGCAAUGGCGGUGGGAACUUUGGUAAUUUCGGCAACUUUGGUAACUUCGGUGGCAAUGGCGGUGGUGGUGGCGGCGUUGGCGGCGGCUCCGGUAAUGGCAAUAUGGGCAGCGGUUUUAACGGUGGCAAUGCUAUGCUCGGUGGUGGUGGUGGUAAUUUCGGCCCGAUCGGCGGUGGUCGCAAUGACAGCGAGUACUUCACCAUACAUAUGCGCGGACUGCCGUAUCAGUCGUUUGAAAAUGAUAUCUUCAAGUUCUUCGAUCCAAUACGUCCGGCCAAUGUGCGUGUCAAUUUCAAUAAGAGCGGCUUACACAGUGGCACUGCCGAUGUCUUCUUCGAGACGUACGAGGAUGCUCAGCUGGCGAUGAAGCGACAUCGCGAUCAAAUGGGUUCACGUUAUAUUGAACUCUUCUUCGAUGGCAAAACCAAAGCAGGCAAUGCAAAGUCUGGUGGCGGCGGCGGCAAUGGCGGUGGCGGUGGCAAUUUUCCACGACGCAUCUAAAGAAAGCAAUUUGUAUACGGAUAAAGCGUUGGUUGGAGUUGUGGUGUCGAUACAUUUAACGCAAUGUAAACAUGCCGUUUUUUUUUUUUUUUUUUAAAUAAAA